UCCCCUACAUUUUAAGGAACAGAGAGAAAGAGAGAGAGAGGGAGAGGUUGAAGCAGGGAGAAGCAACAAUGGAGAUGGGUUUAAGAGAGGUUUAGGUCUACCUACUGGUGGUUAGGGAUUGAACACCCUAACAACAGCAACGCCACCGUCACCAACAACAAUAGCAGCUGGAGGAGCCAGAGGAGGAGGAAAGGAAAAGCAAAAGAGAAAGAGGAAGAGAAAGUUCUGAUUUUGGGAUGUGUUGUUGUGUUUUGGGAGAAUCAUUUAAGAAGUUUUUCAUGGAGAGAGUGAGAGAAAGGAUGUCUCUCACGUGGGAUGAUGGAAUGAUAGAUAAAGAAUAUAAGAAUUAAAAAGGAAAGAAAAGGAUGAACGUAUAAUUGUUGCUGUUGCUGUUGCUGUUCUUCUGCUGCUGCUGUUGCUGUUGCUGUUGUUUAUUUUAAAAAAGAAAAACCCUUUAAAAACGUGUUUAUUUUUUUAUUGUUGUAUUUGUUCAAUGAAAAGGGAUUGUUGUUUUGAAUCUCGGGAUUGGGUUGUCUCCAUUUCGGGAGAAUUGUUUCAGCGGAUCGGGUGUGCUUUCGAGCUUUUCUGUUCCCCACGAAAGACACAGCAGUCUCAGAUUUUCGGAAGCUAAGAGGAGGUUUCUUGAGCUACCCUGGGCUGCUAAUAGCCUAAUACCUGAUCACUGUUCUUCUCGGACGCUGUUCAAGCUCUCAGAGCCACAGAAUUCAUUACCAAGAAGGCUGGUGAUGCUUUAUCUUUCAAGGAGGAAUAAACAUGGCAACUUAUUUCCCUGGUUCCAGCAACCAAAGAGAAGUUAUACCAACCCUAUAUUUAAGGGAUCCUGUGCCUACUUCAUAUGCCGAGGCGCAAGUUCCUCCCGGCAAUAUGAUGAUGUAUCUGAACUACUCGUCUUCUGCUGGGUCCUACUCAGAUUCCCUGGCUGGAAAUUCUCAGACUCAGCAGAACUGCGUUGAGCUCCCAUCCAUGGGAACCUCAGAGUCAACUCCUGCACAGCAAGGGGUUCUCUCAAACCUUGUUGGUUCUCAUCUUGGUGAACAACAGUUUGGUUUGUGGAGGGACGGCAGAAAUGAGAUGAUGUUCAUGCAGCCAGCCGGUGGCUCAGCGGGUAUGCAGUCGCUUGGUGGGCAGUUAAACAGCACAACAGAUGAUAUGGUCCGGGGAUCUGUUGCUGAGGAUCCCCAGAUGGGUAUGCAGACACAGCUUGGGAUUCUACAUGGUGGACAGAAUUUACAGGGACAGGGGUUAUCCCUCAGCCUUAGUACACAGAUCCCGUCCACCAUUUCUGUGCCUUCAUUCCAAUACCGGAAUUCUAACCCAGGUUUCUCUUCACUCUUGAAUUCCCAUAUUUCGGUGUCCGGAGAUGGUGGUAGCGGGACCAGCUCAGGUAGGGAUGCCGAAAGCUCACAAAGUAAACAGUCAAGGAAUGUUGAAUACUUGCAAUCUAGUUUUCUCGGAGGAAAUCGUGAUGCUAUAAGAGGGGAGUCAUUGAUUAACUUCCAAUGUUCAGUGGGACCCAAACUGUUGCAUUCUGAUCCAUCUCCUUAUGGACUAACGGGUCUUGCCAGCACCAUUCCUAAUUCUAAAUACCUCAAAGCAGCGCAACAACUGCUUGAAGAAGUUGUCAAUGUUCACAAGGCCUUGAAGCAGUCGGAAUCUGAUAAACACCAAAAUCUCCAUGGUUUUGGUUUAAAGGGUGCCAAAGAGACUGAAGGAGAAUCAAAUGAUGGCUCUCAAUUGCCUACUACAUCUGGGAUCUCCUCAAAACCUCAAGAGUCGGGUACCAGCAAUAACGAGCGCUCACCUGCUGAAAGACAAGAUAUGCAGAACAAGAUGACAAAGCUUUUGUCCAUGUUGGAUGAGGUUGAUAGAAGAUACAAGCAGUAUUAUCAUCAAAUGCAGAUCGUGGUGUCAUCUUUUGAUGUGAUAGCGGGAUGUGGUGCGGCUAAACCUUAUACAGCACUGGCACUACAUACUAUCUCCCAUCACUUCCGCUGUUUGCGUGAUGCAAUCAGUAGCCAGCUUCGAGUGACACAGAGGAGCCUUGGGGAGCAAGAUACUUCAGGAAACAGCAAGGGGGUUGCAAUAUCACGCCUACGUUAUGUGGACCAGCAGCUCAAGCAGCAGAGGACUCUUCAGCACCUUGGUAUGAUGCAGCAACAUGCUUGGAGGCCACAGAGAGGGCUUCCUGAGAGCUCGGUUUCUAUUCUUCGUGCUUGGCUGUUUGAGCAUUUCCUUCAUCCCUACCCGAAGGAUUCUGAUAAAAUCAUGCUAGCUCGGCAGACAGGCUUAACAAGAAGUCAGGUGUCGAAUUGGUUUAUAAAUGCACGGGUUCGACUUUGGAAGCCUAUGGUUGAGGAGAUGUACAAAGAAGAGACUGUAGACACUGAGAUGGAUUCAAAUUCUUCAUCUGAAAAUGCACCAAAAGCAGUGAGGGAUGAUGAUAACAAGGCACCGGAGGAAAAGGGAGAAGAUUUUCAGCAAAUUGUGAAGUCUGCGAUGAUUGAUAGAUUCCAUCCUGAACCAUUUCAUGACACCAAAUCCAAUCUUGCCCCUGAUGUAGAAAUGGCUGGACCGGCACUAGAAGCUCCGUUUCAAGAUGAUACCCAUGAAGGAGAUGAUACUGAUUACGGUGCGAUGAAACUUAGAGGGGAUCAAAGACCCAAUUUGGAUGAUUGUAACCUUUUCCAGGAUGCUUUUGUUCAGUCUGACAGGAAUGGUAGUGGGAGGUUCAUAGCAGCUGCUGCUGCAUAUGAGAUGGCAGAGUUGGGGAGGUUUGGUGGCAGCAGUGGUGUGUCACUCACUUUGGGGUUGCAGCACUGUGAUGGUAGUGGCUUACCCAUGUCUGGUGGCACCCCUCAUAAUUUUGUCACAUUGAGAAGUGAUGAAAUGUACAAUGCAGGAGCUACCUCCGGGGGCCCUGAUACGGGUGAUUAUGACUCUGUGGAUCCUGAGAACCGACGACAAAGGUUCGGUUCCUCACAUCUAUUCCAUGAUUUUGUAGCCUAAGGUGAUGCUAGAUUCGUAGAUCCAUGGUAGAAACAUGAGCUCUUCUCAAGGAGGUGGAAGAAAAAAUAAAGUUACUAAUAAUAAUGCCAGGACAUAGGUUAUCAUUCAUCCUGCAAGCAAACUGUUAAUGAAACUUAGUAUGAAAGAAAGAUGGAUAUGACAAAACACAGCUGUGUAGUAUAGCUAGAGAUUGGUGGGGAGGUAGCAUAUUUGUAAAGAUGUAUUUUUUUUCCAUUUUUGUGUAAUAUGUGAAGAAAGAAUUGGUACAAUUAUUUUCAUAUGGGAUUGAAAAGAGAGUGGCUUCAUCUCA